AUGUACUUUCCAACGGAACUUGAAUAUAUAAGUCUUCCUUCAACAAGCCAUUUUACAAAUCGUCCUCAAUCAUCAUUAAGUUCAGGAUCGGGAAGUAAUGAUAGUGGAUUUUUUGCUUCAAUUCAUGGAAUAUCAACUGAAGUUCCAUCAUUAUCUGGAAUUCAAUUUGAUAUGGAUUCACCACAUGGUGUUUCACCAAUUCCUUAUGAAGGUGAUUUUGGUAAUUCAUCAUUAAAAUGUGACUCACCACCACAAAUGAAUAUCAAUUCUUCACAAAAAAAUAAGAUAUAUUUUUGUGAAAAUAGAAUUCAAAUUCAUUCAAAUGUUAAGAAUGUUGAAAAUCACCAUAACAUACUUAGUGGUGGAUGCCUUAAUGAUAAGUCAUCACAUUCCAAUCUUUUAGGAGAUUACAUUAAUCAUGAAUUACGUAAUCAACAAAGACAAUCUAAUGGAGUCACUGAUCUUAGCAAUAAUUUUAUGAUUGAACCACCAUCACAAGCACUUAUUGAAGCUGCUUCUAAGCCACUUAAUCAGCAACAAGUUUCCCAAAAUUCAAAAGUAUCUAAGUCAGAUUCUUACAAAACUGUUAUGUGUCAAGCAUGGCUUGAAAAUAAAAAUUGUAAUUUUGGUGAAAAUUGUAGAUUUGCUCAUGGAGAAGAGGAAUUACGUCCAUUAAAACAAAAUCUUCGUUAUAAUACUAAAUACAAGACUAAACUUUGUGAUAGGUACACUAAUACCGGUAUCUGCCCAUACGGUGAAAGAUGUCUUUUUGUUCAUCCAAAUAAUGGAAAUGCUUAUUUUAGUAAUGAAAAGAUAGCUGAAUUACAAAAUGCUAGAUCAUCAACUAAUAAUCAACAAGAUAGAACAACUUUUCCAAAAAAGGAUGAAGCAUCUUAUAAUAAUGUUCUUGUCGCAAAUAGUGAUAACAGUACCAGAAAAUGUCUUCAGCAAUCAUCUCAACCAAAUAUGGUUGUUAAUAAUAGCAACGACAAUAACAGAUCACAAACAUCAUGGUUACCAGAAAGAAGUACCCUCGAUAAUAUGAAUAGCUGUUUUUCAAUGGUAGGAUUUGAGCAAUCAAUGAUGUUCGGUAACGAUAUUAAUACAAUUAAUAACAAUAAUAAUAACAAUAAUUAUUCAUUGGAUAAAAAUUCAAUGUACCAGUUAAUUCAAAAUCCAAUGUCUGAAAGUAUGAUGAUCAAUCCUACAUCAAUAAUAUGGAAAAAUUUAAUGUAUAAUACAUUCAAAAAUUCUGAUACUACUGAUAGUUUUCUUUUAACACCAAAAUUGUCAAAAGACUUAUCAUGCGCAUUUGGAAGUAUGUCAUUAAAAGAAGAGUCUUCAACUGACUCCGGUGCAUUCAAUAAUGAAAUUCUUGAACGCUCUAUUGCAAUGCUUAAUGACUUUGAAGAUCACUAA